AAAUGAAGGCUUUAAUCUGAGGGCAAUUGAAGCGUUAAAUUGACAUUGAGCUACUCCACGUCAAAUUUGUUUUCUCUACAGUCGUACAUCAGAGGCCGGUGUUUACAUCAUGGAUGGAGGAAUUUUGGAACCAUCUUUGUAUGCUGUGAAAGCCAUUGCCAUCUUAGACAAUGAUGGAAACAGAUUGAUAACGAAAUACUAUGAUGACCAGUUUCCAACAGCCAAAGAGCAGAAACAGUUUGAAAAGAACCUGUUUGGGAAAACACACAAAGCCAAUUCUGAAAUCAUCAUGUUUGAGGGUCUAACAUGUGUGUACAAAAGUAAUGUGGAUUUGUUCUUUUAUGUUGUUGGUAGUUCACAAGAAAAUGAGUUGAUCUUAGCAAGUGUAUUGAAUGGUCUAUAUGAUGCCAUUAACCAAAUUCUCCGUAAAAAUGUAGAAAAAAGAUCGCUCCUGGAAAAUCUUGAUGCAGCAUUUCUUGUAGUAGAUGAAAUCUGUGAUGGAGGAAUUAUCUUAGAUUCUGAUGCUUCUUCAAUAGUGCAGAAAGUCUCCAUUAGAAAUGAUGAUGCCCCCCUUGGAGAACAAACGGUGGCCCAGAUUAACAAAAAACUAGAGGUCCUACAGAGUGCAAAAGAGCAGAUCAAGUGGUCAUUACUAAAGUGAGGCGGAGUGACCAACUCAUCAAGUGACCAAUCAUUCAACAUUUGUUCUUAAACAUUAUGUCGGAAGAUUUAUAACUAAAAACAGAAAUUGGAGUGAAGUGAAAAUCUUCAUUUACUGUUUUGAACAUGAAAAUUUAAAUAUUAUUGUAGAAGAAAGAAGGGGGACAAAUGUCAAAUGACAUCAUUUUUCUAAAAAAAAAAUAUUUUAGGAAGCAUAAUUGAGAAAGAUAUGCAGACAUUUAAAUUAAACUUUCAUGCAAGCAUCUUGCAAGAUGCAUAUUUUUUAAAGAAACAACCAAGUAAAAGGGCAGUAUGUGUGGCUGUAUGAAAUAAUAUUAUGUAAAUCAUCAGAUAAAAACACAUUUUCCACUUUACAUUUUAAUUGCUUUUUGAGUGUUAGGUGAUUUAUAGAAUUUUGUGUAAUUACGAGGACAUGUUGUUACAUUGAGACGAGUGAGUGAGAGAGUUGCCAGAUAUUUAUGGAAUAUGUGUUAUUAGUAUCUGAUUAAAACGGUACAAAAAUUCAAA